AUGGCGACGGACAGCCCAGAGUCUUUGAUGACCAUCUGUACUGAUUUCUGCCUCCGAAACCUAAAGGGGACCUUGUGCUACCUCUUAGACAAUGAAGUCCUGAAGCUACAUCCAGAUAUCUUCUUACCAAGCGAGAUCUGUGACCGGCUGGUGAAUGAGUACAUCGAGUUGGUGAAUGCAGACAGCGGUUUUGAGCCACAUGAAAGUUUUUUUACCUUGUUCUCAGAACCACAGAGCACAAGACUCACCCGUUUACAUCUGAGGGAGGACAUUGUGCAGGAUCAGGACCUAGAAGCCAUCUGUAAACAAGACCUUGUAGAACUGUAUCUUACAAACUGUGAGAGGUUAACAGCUAAGAGCCUGCAGACCCUGUCCCACUUUAAAUCCACUCUGGUGUCCCUCAGCCUUUUUGGCUGCAGCAACAUCUUCUACGAAGAGGAGAACCUAGGCCGAUACAAUGAUACCGACUGCCUGGUGAACCCUAGUCGCCAGAUCCUAUCCCGGGACUUUAGUUUUCAGGGAUUCCACCAUCUCCGCUUUCUCAAUCUUGGCUGUAUCACCAAAGGUGUAGAUGUGGAAAUGAUGGUGCGCCCACUGGUCUGUUUAAAGGCUUUAAAUCUAUCAGGUAUUCAGAUGAAUGACAUCAGUUUUCUGACUCAGUGGAAGGACACAAUGGUUUCUCUUGUCUUGUACAACAUGGACCUCUCUGAGGAGCACAUACGAGUAAUUGUGCAACUGCAUAAACUUCGGCACCUGGAUAUUUCCCGUGAUAGACUAUCAAGCUAUUACAAGUUCAAACUCACUCGCAAGGUGCUAAGCCUAUUUGUGCAAAAUCUUGAAGAUCUUGUAUCGUUGGACAUCUCUGGUCACAUGAUGUUGGAGAACUGUGCUGUUUCCAAGAUGGAUGAUGAGUUAGGCCCUUCCAGCACUGACCCCAGCAAGAGCAGUAUCACUCCAUUCCGCUGUCUGAAGAAGCCUCUGCAGUUCUUGGGCCUCUUUGAAACUUCUCUCUGCCGCCUGACUCACAUCCCAGCUUACAAGGUGAGUGGAGAUAAAAAUGAGGAGCAGGUUCUCAAUGCCAUAGAAGCAUACACUGAGCAUCGCCCUGAGAUCACCUCUCGUGCCAUAAAUCUGCUGUUCGAUAUUGCUCGUAUUGAACGUUGCAACCAGCCACUGAGGGCCCUGCAGCUGGUAAUUGCUGCCCUCAAAUGUCACAAGUAUGACAAAACAAUUCAGGUGACAGGAAGUGCCGCCUUAUUCUACCUUACAAACUCUGACUACCGUAGUGAACAGAGCGUUCGGCUCCGGCGGCAGGUCAUCCAGGUGGUGUUAAAUGGCAUGGAGUCUUACCAGGAAGUAACGGUGCAGAGAAACUGCUGUCUCACGCUGUGUAACUUUGGCAUCCCAGAAGAGCUAGAAUUCCAGUAUCAUCGGGUGAAUGAACUUCUUCUAAACAUUCUGAUCCCAACUCGUCAGGAUGAAUCCAUCCAACGCAUUGCCGUGCACCUGUGUAACGCUCUGGUCUGCCAGGUGGAUAAUGACCACAAGGAGGCAGUGGGGAAGAUGGGCUUUGUCAUGACUAUGCUGAAGUUGAUUCAGAAGAAGCUGCAAGACAAAACUUGUGACCAAGUGAUGGAAUUUUCCUGGAGUGCGCUGUGGAACAUCACCGAUGAGACUCCAGAUAACUGCGAGAUGUUCCUCAACUACAGUGGCAUGAAGCUGUUUCUAGACUGCCUGAGGGAAUUUCCAGAGAAGCAGGAACUUCAUCGCAACAUGUUGGGGCUUCUGGGAAAUGUGGCAGAGGUGCGCGAACUGCGACCACAGCUGAUGACAUCACAGUUUAUUACCGUUUUCAGCAACCUCCUGGACAGCAAAGCAGAUGGGAUUGAAGUGUCGUAUAAUGCCUGCGGGGUGCUUUCACACAUCAUGUUUGACGGCCCAGAAGCCUGGUUCAUUUUGGAGCCAUCGCGACAAGAGGUUGAGGAACGCAUGUGGAGAGCUAUCCAGAGCUGGGAUAUUAGCUCCAGAAGAAAUAUUAACUACCGGUCAUUUGAGCCAAUUCUUCGUCUUCUGCCCCAGAACGUUUCAACUGUCAGCCAACACUGGGCAACAUGGGCUUUGUACAACCUUGUAUCUGUAUAUCCAGACAAAUACUGCCCUCUUCUAAUCAAAGAAGGUGGACUCCCACUGCUGGUAGAUGUGGUCAACAUGCCAACUACACGCCAAGAAACAAAGGAUAUGGCUAGGAAAGUGCUUCAGCAUUGUGGUAAUUAUAAUGAAGAGAGCAUGGACACGUUACUAUAA